UUUAACAGAAGAAGGUUCAAAGAAGAUGUCCAGUUCUGGGGCCAACAGGGAAACAGGUGAGAAUGAAAAUGAGAAUGAUGUUUCCAGCAUUCCUUCUGAAGGGAAAUUAAAUAUAAAUGCUGCUGAAAACUAUAGUGGCAGUGCUGGGGCAAAUCUUCUUCUGCGUUUUCAUAACAUGCUGUGGUCAGCCUCUAGUGCCACAAAUUCUGUCACCAGCAGCUUAGAGGAUGCAUCCCAGUUGAGCAGUAAAAUCAGUUCAUUGCUGAAAGGGGACAACAAAGAAUUGGACCAGAUGUUAAAGACUGGUUCAGGAACGGAAUUUUCAUCAGAAAAAUUAAAGGACCAGCUGCUUCAGGAGCAUCUGAAAGAGAAGUUGCGUGUAUGGAUCUUACAGAAGACAGCUGAAGGUGGUGAUGGCCCUAGGAUAUUGGAUGAGGGUGGACAAGGUGUUCUACAUUUGGCAGCUGCGCUUGGCUAUGAUUGGGCGCUGGAGCCUACUAUAGUUGCUGGUGUAAGUGUUGAUUUCCGUGAUGUGAAUGGAUGGACUGCACUUCACUGGGCAGCGUUUUUUGGCAGGUGAACACCUCUACAAUUCUUUUGAUUAUUUCUAUUUAAGGUUACCAUUUCUUCUAUGUUUCUUUAUCUCUUUUCCUUUUUGAGCAUUUUGCUGUUGUCCACAAGAGAAGAUCCAAAGAAGACUCUAAAAUAAUGGCUCUGUAGGAAAACAGAUCAAAUUUUAAUCAAGUUAGAGAGAAUGAAGCUGCCACUACAUAUUCUAAGUCUUCCAGAUUUCGUCCAACUAAUUGCCAAGUGCCUUCAACUACACAUACUGCUGAUACAACAAGUCUGAAUAGUGCACAGGCAUUGGAAUAUCAGGAUGCUGAAUAUGGUGAAUUUGUUUUAGCUUCAAUAUGUCAAAGUUUCUGAUAUUUUCUAAAUUUCUAACCCCAUGCAAUUUCAAAGAGGAUAGCUUUGAGGAUGUUGACUUUGUUACUUUGUUUCUCAUUCUUACUGAUCAAUUUUACAUUUAUUGCAGUAAGUAAUCCCCAAGCAACUUCUGUAUUCCACUCUUUUCAAGAGCUACAACAGCCUACUGUGGAGAAGUUUG